AUGAAAGAUUAUUUCAUCGAGCGUCCGAGAUUUCCUGCUCAUGAUUUUUGGAGGCGGUUUUGGACGAGGAUAGUGCUUUUUGAAAGCAUAUUGAACGCAGUUGUCAAUCAUGACCACUACUUCGCAAGGAAGAUAGAUGUCGUAGGCCGACAAAGUUUAUCACCUCGUCAGAAGCUCACAUCUGCAUUUCGGAUAUCACCUCGUCAGAAGCUCACAUCUGCAUUUUGGAUGUUAGCUAAUGGGUGCUCGGCAGACUCAACUAACAACUAUUGCCGGCUUGCGGAGACUACUGCUAUAGAGAACCUGAAGCGUUUUUGUCAGGCAAUUCAAGCCAUAUAUAGAGCCACAUACCUCCGUAAGCUAAAUCGUGAACACUUGAAAAGACUUCUAUGCAAGGCAGACAAAAGAAGAUUCCCUAGCAUGAUAGAAAGUCUCGAUUGUAUGCAUUGGGAGUGGAAGAAUUGUCAUACUGCUUGGGCUAGCCAAUUCAAAGGCCGUCAUAACAAGUCAAUCACCGUGCUCAAGGCUGUGGCGUCUUACGACACAUGGAUUUAG